AUUAACCACAGCACAGAGAAGAGGGGGAAGAGCGAGAGAGAGAGAGAGAGAGAGAGAGAGAGGGGUGGAGGACGAAGAAGAGGGGAGGAAGAAUCGCCGGCGAGGAGAAAAGGGACUCGAAGAAGAAGAAGAAGCGGCGGCGACUUCGACUGCGACAGCGAUCUAUUUGAUAUACACUCCCAUUGCCGGUCCUCCUCGAUUGCAGCGACCUAAAGCAGUCCAGAACCUUCCGGAACCCUCCCUCCCUACCUAAACCCCUUCCCCCGGCCAAUCGCCGCCCUCCGCCGCCGAUCCAUGCUAAUGGAGCUCUACGGAGGCGGUUCUAAUGCCGAAACCGGUCUUGAAGAUUCCAUGUGGCGAUUGGGGUUCGGUGGUGGAGGGGAAGCACAGUACCCGGAGAGGCCUGGAGAGCCGGACUGUGCCUACUACAUGAGGACUGGAACGUGCAGCUAUGGGGUGAAGUGCCGCUACAAUCACCCCCGUGAUCGUGCAUCCUUGACUGGAGCAGGCAGGACUGCUUCCAUGGAGUAUCCUGAGCGAGUUGGUCAGCCCGUAUGCGAGCACUACAUGAGGACUGGAAAUUGCAAGUUUGGUUCCACUUGCAAGUAUCACCACCCUAAACAAGGAGGCGGACCUGCUGCAGUCUCUUUAAAUUAUAGUGGAUACCCAUUACGACCGAGUGAGAAAGAGUGUGCCUUCUACAUUAAGACAGGACAAUGCAAGUUUGGUGCUUCCUGUAAAUUUCAUCACCAACAACCUGCUGGGCCAUCUGUCACCUCUCCUGCACCUGCAUUUUACCCAACGGUGCAGCAAGUAUCAGUUCCUUCUCAUCAUCAAUAUCCAACUUAUGUUGGUUGGCAAGUUGCUAGACCUUCAGUACUACCUGGAUCAUAUAUGCCAGUAUCUUAUCCUCGUAUGCUAUCGCCUGGAGUUGUUCCAGUUCAGGGCUGGAACCCUUAUGCGGCACCAAUUGAUCCCAUCUCAUCAUCUUCUGGUCAGCAAUCAGUUCAAGCAGGACAGAUAUAUGGAUCACCAAACCAAUUAUCUUCCACAAAACCAACUUUGCAUGGACCUCAAAUAUCUACUUUAUCAUCUGGUGGGCUUUUAAGCACUGGCCCUAGGGAAAACAGGUUUCCUGUGAGACUUGGACAACCAGAAUGCCAAUUCUACAUGAGGACAGGAGAUUGUAAGUUUGGAGCCAUGUGUAAGUUCCAUCAUCCACCAGAUUGGAGCAUGCCGAGGACUGAUGUUGUACUAAAUGCUCUAGGCCUCCCACUUCGUCCGGGUGCUCAAGCUUGCGCUUACUACAUGCAGCAUGGUUUGUGUAAGUUUGGACAGACAUGCAAAUUUGAUCACCCGAUUUUGACUAUGAGCUACAAUUCAUCAAUGUCCUCUCUCUCCGAUAUGCCGCUUGUCCCUUACCCUACUGGAUACUCCUCCGCAGCAUUCACCCCUUCAACAGCCAGAGAGCUGCAGCCUGAAUUUGUUGUUAACCAAGAGCAUUUCUCUUCAAGAAUGCCAUCUGAGAACUGAUCCAGCUGCAGCUCUCUCGCUUCAACUUUUCAUUCUUUGUAUCAUCAUUGUUCCCACAAACAUCACCAAACUUCUUUCGCAAUAAGCUAAGAUUGAUGCUGAUGUGGCAUUCGUCGGGAUCUCUUUCCCUCCCUAAUAAAUGCAGGAGCCCUUCAGUAAGCUAGAAGGCCAAAAAUGCAUGCCAGUUGAGGAAUCCAGAACAUUCUCGUCAAACAGGUGCAGUGGCUAGCAGUUUGCCCAGUUAGCAGUUGUAAAACCUUGCUUGAUUUUUCAUUGAACAUUAUCGAUCGAUCCCGUUAUCUGUCAAUGAUUAUUUAUUCUUCUAAGAUUCUAUAUGUAAACAUUGGGCAUAGUCUUGUUAGGACUCAUAUCUGAUAGACAGUGAAAGUCAUCUCUGCAUUGGCAUAUGGUAUAAGAUCUGUUGAUGAACUAAAGUUUUUUCUCUUCA